AUGAUGGCUCGGUCGUUGAAAUCGACGAGACAUCACUCAAAAAAAUUCAAAUACAACCACGGAGCCCAGCACCCCGACGUUUGGUUGUUCGGAGGCGUGGACAGAACUACGCGCAAGUGGUUCGGGCGCCUUAUGUUGCACGGCCGUACGAAGCCAUCUUUGUCUGCCAUGAUCGGGCAGCACAUCCGACCAGGUACUCUGAUCAUGUCAGACAAAUUUGGUUCGUACGUGUCGUCGGACGAAAGACACAUAUUGUCUAACAACCCAUUGCUGGCCGACAAGAACUAA